AUGGACUGGGAUGCUGACUGGGGCGCAGAUCCGCCGGAGAAACCUAAGUGUGCCAGAGACAGUCAGUCUGCACCGGCUCGUUGGGGGAGAAAGGUGCAGUCUUGCUCGGGCUCAUUUUCGGAUCCUGGGCUUCUAACCCUGGAAGACGAGAGGCUGCAUGUGGAAGGCUGCGCGGACCCUCGGAGCUGCCACCGCUGCAUUUACCUACGCAACCAAGAAAGUUGGCAGCACGCUGCCAGCCUGGUCAAGGAUGGUAAGAAACUUGGCACUUGGCUUCUUCCUGUCAUCGCCGAGGACGAACGCUGGGGACUUUCUUGCUUCGUGUGCCAGCAGCAGGCAAAGAUGUCGGAAUGGGCGCGCGGAACAAUCCGCACUUGCUCGCUGGGCAAUGUGCGGCGGCACGGACAAUGCGAUCAACAUCAGGAGGCCUUGCGUGAGUGCGGCUACGACUGCAAGGAGAUUGCGCGGGACCUGGCACCCAGCAUUGAAAAGUUCCAGAAAGUACUGCAGCACCGGCAGAGCGGUCGGCCGCUGCGUGACUCCUUGGAAGGUAUGGGCACGUACAAGCUGGAGAAGAUGCAAUGGUGCUUGGCUGAAUCCGUGCGUGAUGCUACGAGGGACUUCCUGGGGAAAGCGUGCAGCAUUGCAUUGAUGAUGGACACCCGUAAGUCCUUGUGUGUUGUGCGAUAUUCCGCCACAGAUGCCCAGCUCGACUCCCGGAAGGGCCUCUUGGGCUACCGCUACAUCAGGGAGCGGGAAACAGCCACUGCCAUCGUCAAGACCGUUCGAGGGACACUGGAGGAUCUUUGCACCUGUGGGGAUGAUGGUGAAUUCCAGGAGAGUCUGUUCAAAAGAAUAGUGAGCCAUGUGGAGCUCAUAUGCGCCGAUGCCGCCAGCAAUGAGCAGGUGGCCGGUCGAGUGACCCGGGUGGACCUCUGCCCCAACGCACGCAUUGUGCACCGAGACAGCACCCAUGCACUCACCAGGGUUCUGAAACGCCCCUGGGCUGCCAUAGGUCCUAUAGCAGAUGUGCUGGACCAGUGGGUGACGGGUUCCGACUCUGUCACUCAGAUGAUAGAGAACUCCACUACUUUGUCCAGCGUUUACCAGGGCUACUGCCGCGGCUUAGACAACUGCGAGGUGAACACGGGCAGGAUGAAGGACCUGCGCGCAACGAAAAACCGCUUCGCUAGCUAUCAGCGACCUCUGUCUCGUGCUGUGCUCACGUGGGACGCCAUCUUGAGCACCCUGAUUUGGAUGGAGACCAACCGGGACGGGGCGGAGAGAGCAAGACUCCGGCAGUUGCUCUCGGAUCUGGACGAAGAGAAACUAGUGAUGAUGGCAAUGCUGGCAGAUGUUGCAGACGAGAACAUCCGUGUAAUUAGGUUCGUUGAUUGUGAACAGUACGAUUUGAGUGAGCUCCCCGAGGAGCUGUCGUGCUUGUUGGACCGCCUCCACUUCUUGAUCAACCAGGGAGGCAUCCUUCAGCAGGGCUAUACAGCCUACAUGCUCAAUUAUCUGAAAGGCCAGCGUGGCUUCCUCAUCGGCAGUGGCCAGGCAAAAACCAUAGGUGGAGAGGGCGCGGUUGAUGCGCCGAUGCUGCUGCGCUGCGUGGAGCUGCUGAAGACAUGCCUGGCACUAGUGAUCGCCACGGUCAACUCGGAAUUCCCGCACUUUGAGGCGUUGCGUGCCUUCGCUGUGUUCAACGUCCGCGAAAAGCGCAACUCUGCAAUGUCCGAACACACAGCGUGGACUCAGCGACGUCUCUCCAGCAUUGCGCGGCUCGCCAAGUUUUGCGAGGUUCCUGAAGAACAUCUUCUGCAACAGUUCAUAGACCUGGAGCCCAUGGCCAGGCAUGAAGCAGCGAGCUCUGGCUGCGCAAGCUUUGAUGCAUGGCGGAAAGUCAUCCUCAGGGCCAAUACGCGCAAAGCCACACGCGACAAGCAUCCCUCUGAGGCAUUGACAGCCGUGCUGGUCAAGUACGGCACAUGGUGUGGCAUCACGAGCUCGGGUGUGGAACAGAACUUCAGUCUUCUGUCGCGUUUCCAGACCCCCGAGCGCAGACACAUGCUAGAGAGCACUGCUGCCGACGAGGCUAUGUUACUGCUCUUGACAGACAAGUCUUCCAUUGGUGCCCUCUGUCAGGCUGCUCGGAACCGCUGGAUUGGACUGUUUAACCCGCCGCGUGCAUCAAGCAACAAUAGGCUGGACAAGGGCGUGCCGCGGAAGGCAGACCCCAACUCGGAGCAGUCCUUCAUCAAGAGGCGUCGCGCAGAAGUGGAUGCGCAAGCCAUGCCGACUGCCGAGCAAGAAGUGUCCAGAUGCGCUGCUGUAGGGGCCUACACCGAUCAACGGGUCUCGGAUGAACUUUCGUGGCAACGAAGCCAGGGAUACAAGCACAAGCUCCAGAGCUACCUGACAGGUGCAUUGUUGGAGAGCGAGGUGGACCAAGAGUUAGUGCAAGCUGCCAUGGCCAUGAAGACACGCCAGGAGCAGCUGGACAAAGCCAGGCCCAAAAGAGAGCGGGCGCUGGAGGAGAUGCUGCGACCGAAAGUCAUGGACGUCCAGAGGCAGCAUUUCUAUGUGGAAGAUGCCACAUGGGCGCAGCUGCAAGACAUAGACGCUAGCAAGUGCACGCAGGACGUGCAGGACGCAGAUGCAUUCGUGCUUCGCAACCCUGGCGACCCCGACGAGAGCGUUCUCUGGGCGGUCACCUUAAAGGGGGGCAUCCUCUGCAACCUUGAGUAUGCUCGCAAGCGUGGCAAGUCUGGCGUCGCAUUCCACUUUUCUGCAGCUGUGUCCGUCAAACGAGAACUCUACAUAUCUGACCGCUUCCGUGGCGAAAGUCCUUUCUUAUCUCGCUUGCUGUUGCACAGCGCGCGGCUGCCUGGAUCUAAGUGGUCCACAGUCAGCGACUUGGAAGAAUUCGUUGACAGGAGUCUCCUUUGCCGCAGGCAGAAGAAGAGAUUUCAGUGCAUAGGUCUGUUCGCGCAGAGCGAAGCAGCCAAAAUUCAAGGCGAGGCCAACAUGUUUACGAAGGCAGACUUUCUGAAGUUCGCUUCAAAGAUGUCUGUAGCCAUGCGUGGCACCUCGUGCACCUGA